AGAUCGGAUCAGAUGAUCACACACCGUUUGAAAAACCGCGGGAAACGGACGACACGCACUUUCUCCUGCUUCGUUUAAACUUUCAACUCACAUAAGAAACACUGACUUGCCAACAUCACUCUUGAUCAUCAUCGCCAUGAAGAAUAAUAGCAUUUUGAAAUACUCUGAGAAAAAGCAGCCUGGGAGUAACACUGGAGAUAGAAGGGAGUCACAAACUGCUGACAAUACUCAGGAAAGAACAAACCGUUUCUGUAAGGAGGAAGUGGAAGAGGGACAAUCAAAAAGUCAUCUGCAGCAGCGUGCUGAAGGGCAAAGCCACACUUUUAAUUUCCGCUACAAAUAUGAGAAACAUGCAGUGGCGUGUGAUACAUCCAAGACUGUGCUCGAUGCUCUUAAUACAAACAAGAUUUUCAGAAAGAUUAAAAAAGACAACAAGGAGAAAGAAAUAGUGAUCCAGAGAUCCAAAGGAGCAGUUCCUAGAGCGGCUGUCAAGACCGAUUUCCCCUGCUGUCUUAUUGAAAGACAUGAGCUCUUAGACGUAUCCUUCAUUAAAAAUCAUGGAAAUGUUGCUACAAAGAAAAAAACAACUGGAAGGCUUUCAUUCUCCAAUGAAUCAAAAAGCUUAGUGAUCUUUUACAUUAAAACAAAAGGAGGGAAGAAAGUGACACGCUUAAUGAAAAACAAUGAGCUAAAGAAGAAGGUUGAAGAUGUUUGUGUGUACGCGUUCAAAGAAGACAAACUGAAUGCUGCUCUUCGGCGUGACGGACGAUUCAUCAAUGCCAUAUUCAAGAAACAGUGUGCACUCUAUAACUUGGAGAGCGAGACAAAAUAUGAAAUGUCAAAGACCGUAGAGCAUCUGGAUGGAAAUCAUUUUGAGAUCAUUGUUAUCAGUGACAAAAACCAGCCAGAUAGCCAAGAUUUUGCCUUGAGUGAUGACAGCACUGAAAUUAAUGAAGCUUCAGCCGCUGAUUUGAAAGAAAUUGUUGAUCAUAAUGAACAUCCCAUCAACACUGAACAAGAAGAAACACAGAAGAGAAACACAAUGAAAUCCACAAAUCCUGCAACUAAUUCUCCUGAAAUAAUUCCACACUCGGAAGAGAUUCUAGCAAUUCUUCGUGCUCAGUUUAAAGAUUUACUGGAGACAUUAAAGCAGAGAGAGAACCUGAGGAACAAAUCUGAUAUCCAAAAGUUCUUUAGAGCAGAAUAUGAUAAAAGUGUUCAGAGUUUCUCUGAGGUGUAUAAAAUAAAGCAGCUCAUGAGACUCUCUGACUCUGUGUGUCAAAUUCGAGUGGAGGGAUCCGCCAGAGGAACUGGCUUCUUACUCUUUGGGCGAUUUGUUCUAACUAAUGCACAUGUUGUUAAGGAAGUUCUUGAGUCUCCAGACAAGCUUUCUUCUACAAGGAAAUUAGAAGCUGCAUUUGAUUUUGAACGUCUGGACUCAAAGGUGAAGCUGGUGCCAGUCAAGAAACAGCUUGCUGCUUACUGUUACAUAACAGAUGCCAAUAAAUGCCGUCUUGACUUUGCUCUUCUUGAACUGGAUGCUGUUGAUGAAAUCAAAGGCCGUCCUGAGUUGCUCAGCUAUUACAGUCCUGGCCCCCCUCCUAAAAGUGGUGAGAUGUGCAUUGUGGGACAUCCAGAUGGUGGGAUUAAGAAAACGGACCCCUGCUUCAUCAUUGAGAGAGAAAAUCUACAAGAGGCUGCCGAUAAACACAUCUCUGAGAAUGUCAAUUUCAUACAUGUGAUGACACAGAAGAGUGUUGAAGAUAAAUGGGAUGUUUAUGAAAACCAGAUUAAUUAUAACUCUUGUUUCUUUCAUGGAUCUUCUGGCUCUCCAGUUUUUGAUGAACACUGCUAUCUGAUUGGCGUGCACACCGGUGGAUAUGUGUACCCAGGAGAAAAGGGUAGAACUAGAAGCAUUGUGGAAUACACCUAUUCCAUGCAGCCCAUCCUUGAUAUGAUCAGAGGACAGGCUAAGAUAAAAGGUUUGCAUGAGGUAGUCAAUACCUUAGAAGCCUACAGAAAUAAAAGCAAUGAGUCUGGGACUGCAGAGCAGGAGAAUCAGACCGACUGCGAGAUGGAAGAUACUGAUUGAAGUCCACACAUCUAUGCUGACAUUUCUUUGGGUGACGACUGCAA